UCCGUGGCGUGCGGGCGUGUUGCUGAGCCGGAAAAUGCGCGCGUAAUACGCUAAUAAAUGAGUAAGAGAAAAUUUUGGCCAGCGUCGGGAAACAAGGAAACUGGCUGAGCAAACACAAAAAAAACAACGCGAGUGUCGAGCCAUGUGUUUGUGCAGUGAAUGUGAAUGAAGUGCCGCGAAUCGCAGCGGAAAUCGUUUGCUGGGCCAUCGACUGGCCACCAGCCAGUGCGGUGCGUGCGUGCGUGUGGCAUGCGGGCGUGUGUUGCAUAAUUACAGGUGCGCUGUGCUGUUGCGGUCGCGGAUGAUGCGGCUGGCGGUGACGGUGCCUGGAGCGCACUUCCCGGCCCAAAUAUUCGGCUAAAUGACUCUCGAUGCGAUAGCAAUAACAAUAUCAACAAAAUCACAAGCAGUAACAGCAGCAGGAGCUGGCGCAAACUUAAUAUUCAUCAUUAUAGCAGCAAUCCUCAACAGCACCACCGCUAAAUUCCGGACAUGUUAGCAACAGAAACUUCAUGGAUAAUUAGAGACUCUACACUAAAAGCAACUAGUCAACUAACAACUGCCACAUCUGGAACACAAUUAACCAAAUCGAAGGAAAUAGGAAUAGGCCUAGGAUCUGACUGCUGGAUCAUCGGUGCCAAAAGAUGGUUCUGAGCACCGAAUGGUCACAGGUGGAGGUUAUCGAUCUGAUCAACGAUGGCAAUGGAGUGGGUUUUAUCCUCGUCGGCGGACGCAGCACCGGUGUGGUGAUCAAGGCUCUAACGCCGGGCGGCGUAGCCGAGCGGGAUGGGAGGCUGCAGCUGGGAGACCAUCUGCUGCAGAUCGGGGAAGUCAAUCUGCGGGGCUUCAGCUCGGAGCAGGUGGCCACAGUUCUUCGUCAGACCGGAGCUCAGGUGCGUCUGAUAGUGGCGCGGCCGGUGGAGCCGACGGCCAUCGAUUACCAAACGCUGGCCAGUCAUGCGCCGAUUAUACCAACUAAGCUCCUCUCCGACCCGGAAGAACUGUCGCGUCAUCUCUUUCAGAAUCCGAGCUUUGCCACCGCUGCAGCGGCAGCAGCGGCAGCCGCCUCCAUGGGUGCUGGGGAUGUAAAUGUGGCCAGUUUGGUGGGCCUGGUGCGCGGUGGUCCCGCCGAGGGUGCCGAAAUGUCCGCCGUGGAGCCCCCACCCGUGGUGGCGGCGACGACAGCUCAACUGCAGCUCACGGAACUAGCGGACUUGGCCGAUCUACCCCUGCCACCUAUUCCGGGUGAAAAUGCCCAGUUAUCCGACUCCGGAGCCAACCAGCGCAGCUGUCCACGUCUGGACCUGGAUAUUGUACCCUUUUCGAUUCUAUCACCCCCGCCGCGCCCCAACUUGCAGCUGCCCCUGGAGACCCAAUGGCGAUCGGUUCAGGAUAAGCACAUAGAGACUGUGAUAGCCGACAGCAAACGGAAGCUGUUGGCCAACGAAGACGGCUGCCAGGCGGGGUCCGUUUCGGCCUCCGGCUCGAGCUGUGGAUCUGCUUCAGGCUCACCCAGUGGCGGCUCUUACAUGGACUCCCCGGAAACGGAAACGUACGUGGUAGAGUUGCGCAAAAAUGUCUACGGCUUGGGCAUCACAGUGGCCGGAUAUGUUUGCGAGGAGGAGGAUCUCUCGGGAAUCUUCGUCAAGAGCAUCAUCGAGGGCAGUGCUGCCGAGACUAGUGGACAGAUCCAAAUCAACGAUCGCAUUGUGGCUGUAGAUGGCCGUUCAUUAUCGGGUGUGACCAAUCACCAGGCGGUGGAGUUGCUCCGUAAUACCGACAUCGAGGUGCAUCUCACGCUGGAACGGUUCCUCAGGGGUCGCAAAUACGAGCAUCUGCAGGUGGCCCUCACAGAGAUUAAGGGCAGUUCCGGUCGAUCCGACUUGGAAAGAAAUCAGGAUAAGGAUCCGGACCAGGAGUCGCAGCUCUCCAUGCCCGGUUCUCCCUCAAUAGCCACUCUUAGUUGGCUGCCGCCCAAAUCAGUCGAUGCGGAUUCAAUAGCCACCGAAGGCGAUCCCGAGGUGGAUGAGGUAGGCAUUUCGGUGGGAAAGGGCGACGACUUAAUGGAGUUGCCCUCCAGAGACACCGUGGAAUCAAACAUGUCGCACGUGCUGGACCGCAGCGAUCACAGUGGUGGAGUGGCCAGGAUUACGGCUAUACCGCUGACUCCACUUACCAACGGAAGGAGCUUGAACGUGGCCGACGACAGUGGCAAUGACACCGAUGAACAGUGUCCAGAGCCAGAAGCAGAACCGAAAAAGGAUAUAGAUAGGGAUAAGGGCAGUGCAGCGAAAACCAAACUUGAGCCGGAUCUGGAGAUCGAUAGGGAAUACGAGCCGGAGAUAGAUCCCGGCCAGCUGCCCACGCCCACUAAUGAGGCGCCAGCGAAGGCGGCCAGUCCCAGUGCCGCAUCGCUUCGAGUGGCCUGGAAAAGUGAGUUUCCCGACAGUGAAAUUAUAGUUGCCGAAAUAAAUAAACUUUCAGGUCUAGGGAUCAGCCUCGAAGGCACCGUGGACGUGGAGUGCGGCAUUGAGAAGCGUCCGCACCACUACAUUCGCUCGAUCCUAGCCGACGGUCCGGUGGGUCGCCAGGGCAUCUUGCGGCCUGGGGACGAGCUCCUCCAAGUUAACGAGUACAAGCUCCAGGGCCUGCGCCACAUCGAGGUAGUGAAGAUCCUCAAGGAGCUGCCGGCCAGGGUGAAGCUCGUCUGUGCCCGGGGCACUCGCGUUCCGUCGGUGAUAAAUACCUCUCAGAAUCCGGAGGCCUUCGAGACGCGCAGCCUGCUGCCCGGCGGCCACCAGAGUCUCCAAAAUCUGCUGAGCAAGGCCCAGUCGGAGAGCUCGCUCUACACGUCCAGCACGGCGACUCUAACGGAUGCAGGAGGAGCGGCAGGAUCGGGAAGUGGAUCUGGGGCGGGAAACGGUACUGGAGGAGCUCGCUCCAAGUCCCUGGAGAAUGUCUCCGGACUGGCGCUGUGGAGCUGUGAGGUGACUAUAGUCGAUAUCGAAAAGACAGAACAAGGCUUCGGUUUCUCCAUAUUGGAUUACCAGGAUCCCCUGGACUCCGAGGGCAGUGUGAUCGUUAUUCGCGGCCUGAUACGCGGUGGUGCUGCGGAGGCAACCAACGAAAUAUAUCCUGGCGAUCGUCUCAUGAGCGUGGGCGAUCGCCUGCUCCAGGGUCUCGAACUGGACGAGGCGGUGUCCAUUCUAAAGGCUAUGCCGCCUGGACUCACUCGCCUUGGCAUCUGCCGACCCCUUUCCGCCUCUGAUAGCAAUAGCAAUAGCAACAUAGCCUCUCCACUGGGAGACUCGACCAGCACAUAGUGCCAGCCUCUCCCCGACGGCCAACAAAUGGAGUCGGUCACAGAGAUAGAAGCGGAAAUGGUUGUGGAAGCAGAAGCAGAAACGGAAGUGGAACUUCAUCUUCAAGAGCAGGCAGAACGGGAGCAGUUUCCUAUUUAUUUUAUGACCCUAAUAUCGGCCAUGUGAGAUUGUGACGACCACCAGCAGCUACAAAUACCACAAAAACUAACACCAAAUUGAAAAUCGGAAAGCAACAAUAUACAACAAAAAAGUCUGCAGCAUAAAUCAGAGGAUCUGGACAUUGACACAAUUUGUACAUACAUAGUGUAUAACUAAAUCCGCACAUUGCCGGAAUCGAUUAACUAUUUAGGUAAAAUGGAUAACUCCCGGCAACGAUGACAUGUCCUGCCCAAAAACUACCAAAAUGCAUGAAAUCCAUAGAAAAAGGCACACGCAACGAUUCCAAAAAUAUCACAAAUUGUUGUAUCAAUAAAUUAAUAAUAACAUUUUUGCGAACAAACAAGCCACAAUAACAAAAAGUUGACAACAUCAAAUAAAGUUAAAAAUCGGGAAAAAUAGUCGUGAAUUCCAAAAGGGAAACAACUACAUAGUAAAGGAAUUUAUUCGCUCACAAAUAUUGCAAACACUUUUCCCGUUUAGUAUGCAAAUGUCGAGGCCAUGAUUGUAAUAAUGAUAGCAACCCGGUAGUUCCCACAUAUCCACCCUUCCCGCCCUAGAAGUCCGCUGUAAAUAUUCAAGAGAUUAUUUUUAUUGUCCUUUUCGAAAUUUAUGUAGCAUACAAUUUAUAAUUUCUAGCUUGUAAAUCAUUUAUACAUUUAACUAGGAGUAAGGAGUAAGGCUAGGAGUUGGUCAAGGGGAGGCUGUGUCGAUGGGCGUGGCAGUUCGCUUUUCUUAAGAAUAAGCUCUAAGUAGAUAUCACAAAACACACAAUCAUGCGAACAUGAAAACAUUUUUCAAAUUGUAUAGGAAAAUAAAAUUGCAUUGCUAAAUAGCUUAGAUUCUUGGGAUUAGUUGUGCAUAUAAACGAGUACACAUACAUACACCUACUUAUAGAAGCUAAAACUCUAUGCCUAUGAAUAUAAUUAAAAAUAUAUACAUAAUAUAUAUAUUUACAAUGGACGACCAAACAAAAGUAAAACUUUAACUUUAGAAACAAGUCAACACACAAACUACACAAAGCGCAGAAAACAGAAGAACAAAACUGAACUAAGUAGAACUCAGAAAUAAGACACUGGAGAGUUGUGGUGAGCUAGAAGAAACCGUGCUGAAAAGAAUUACUUUGAGGCCUCGAAAGGAGUUGGGUAUUUCCUUUCAUCUCACCCUCUCACCUUUCGGGGAAUAGCAAAAAAGCAUAGAAAAUAAAAAAGAAGCUUGUUAGUGAUACUAAUUUUAAACGAAACUUAAAAUUGAAACCCUGUUUAAUAAUUCUUAGCGAGUCUUGAAAUGAUUACAUUGUUAUACAGUUUUUGUUGAGACCUUUGUUAAAUUUAGAGACUUUAACUUCAUCUGUAUAUAAGAGUAAUGACCACAUCGGUAAGAUUUAGCUAAUAACUAUUUAAAAGAGAAAACUAAGCUGUAUGAAUAAGGUACGACACACAUAGAAUGCGUUUCAAAGGGUAUAUUAUUUUA